AUGGUCCCGAUCCUGGACGCACCAGAUCUUAGCUGCGCCCAGGAACCUGGUCACGUCCGCAGUGUGUGUGAGAAGCUCCGCCAGAAGGGCAUCCUCAAGGUCAGCCUGGGCUUUGCAGACCGCAAGAGCCGAUAUCUCGAGCAGCUGCUCCGGAGCCUGCAUCAGAACCACGGUCACCAGCUCCCCAUUGCUCACAGCGCCACCCGCGGCUGGUUCUGGGACGUUCUCCCCUCUUCGACCAGCUUCCAAACGGCCAACUGCCAAGCUCGCUCAGAGACAAUGGAAGACUUCCCCUGGCACACGGACUGCAGCUACGAGGAUCCUCCACCACGCUACUUUGCCCUGCAGGUGCUCCAGCCUGAUCGCUGCGGUGGCGGAACGCUCUCUGUGAUGAACGUGGAGCGCCUUAGCGAACUGCUCUCAUCCGCUGCCAGGGAGUCUCUCGCCAGGCCAGAGUUCCUCAUCCGGACGCCACCGGAAUUUGUCAAGCAUCCCGACCACCAGCACAUCGUGGGGAGCAUCCUAAUGGCCGACGACGAGGGCCGGCUCACCAUGAUGCGCUUCCGGGAAGAUCUCCUGACACCCCUGAACGAGCGAGCGGCUGUCGCUCUCAAAGAGCUGAAACAAGCUCUGCAGGGCGCCGAAGCGAGAAGCCACUCGACCUUGCACCUUACUGCAAAGGCUCUUCCAGAGCGGUCCAUCAUACUCAUCGAUAACAGGCGGUGGCUGCACGCGCGGAACCACGUCAAGGAUCCGGAGCGGCACCUACGUCGGGUGAGGUGGGACGCCGUGCCCUUUACGGUUUGCUAG